CGGACUCUCUCUUUCUCUCGACUCCCCUCCCUCCGUCCCUCCUCUCUCCUCCUGCCCUCUCCUCUCUUCCCCCCUCCUCCUCCUCCUCUUCCUCUCACUGGGUGCCAGAGCUCCAGUGUGAGCGAGCUCCAGUUCCAGCUGGCCUCCCCACUGUGCUGCUCGUAUGGCGGACUCUCCUCUUAACAACUCCUGGCCCUCCUUCUCCAAACUCUGGAUGAAGAGAUGGUCCUUCAAGAGAGCAUCAGAGUGCAAGCCAUGUAGUCAGCCCUGUGAGCCUCCCAGUACCCAGCUCAGUGUCCUGCCUCAUGCUGCCAGCGGGACGGGAUCUUCCUCCUCUCUUUCCCCUGCCUCCAUCGCUGAGGAUAUCUUCUUUGGUAGCACCAAUAAAGACCAGGAUACAUGUUCAGUAGUCAGUGACUACGACUGCCCCUGUGUGGAGGUGAGCAGCAGUGUGGAGGACCUGCUGGCCUUCAGCUCUUCUCUCAGAGACUCGGAGUACUUUAAAGACCUGGAGGGAGGGAUACCGGCUUCACAGUCCGCUGCAUCCACAGUAUCAACAGUCCCAGAGAGUAAAACCCUAUCAGUUGGCCUGCAGGUGUCCCUAAACACAGACAGUCCUUCCAUCAAUCAGCCUGUACAGACUUCUUUAGAUUACCCCCCUCAGGUCAAUGCGCCAUCUCCCCCCUACUUUUUACACCCUGCAGAGGAACCUCAUCAAAACUUUGUGGUCACUCAGCUUCGUCCGAAGUUACUGCCGGAUUGUAUCAUUGACAGCAGUGAUACGUCAGACCCUGCCGUAGGGCUCAGCUUGACAAUUAAUCUGAAUGGACUAUUGGGAUCAAUGGAAACAACCAAAGGAAUAUCAGGAUCAGAGGAAGUAAAGGAGCAACCCUCUAUGGAUUUCGAUGGAGAGGCAGACCUGGAUAGCUUUCCUAUUCUGGUCAGGUCCAUGUCAACGUCUCGGAGGCACAGCUGGGGUGUCCCUGUGUCCCCCAUUACCCUGGGGAGGAGACUGAGCCUGGAUACCAUGGCCAUGGACAGCGAUGGGGAGAGAGAGGACGAUGAUGAGGAGGAGGGACAGAAAAGUCUCUUCCAGUCUACCCAGCAGCAGACCUACAGCUGCACAGCGUAUCCUGAAGACGAGACAGACGGCCCCAGGCUGAAGGUCCCCUGUCCAAGAGCCAGGGUCACUAGCAUGGCCACUGGUGGGCGUGGCAGGCAUCUGUACUCCCGCUCAGAGAUCCUCGCCACAGACGAAUGUUCCCGUGCUGCUCACAUUUCUCGUGUUGUGCAGACAUCCAAACAGGCCGCGAGGGCAGCAGGAGCAGAGGAGUUCGACCCAGAAGAAAACUUACACUCUACUGAAGGACACAUGCUGAUGGUACAGAAAGUUCUCCAGGAGCUAAAGCUGUACCAUGGAGCGAAGCAGAGGAACAACCGAUCAGACUCGAAAGUUUCAGGAAAUGUCACUUGGUACGAGUUCCUCUCUAACGAGAAUGAAGAAGAAGACGAUCGUGUGGAGAAGGUUGAGAAAGGCACCAAGGUGAAGAGGACUCUCAGCUCUCUGAGGAACAGGGUGACUGGCUCCUUCAAUAAAGAUAAGGGUAAGAACCGAGAAAAAGAGCAGCAGAAAGAGAGGGGGAAAGAGAAGGAGCGGGAGACCAAAGAGAAAGAGAAAGUGUGCAGUAGCAGCAGCGGCAGCAGCAACAGCAGCAGAGGCAGUAGCAACGGGCAUUAUUUGAUGCCAGGCGCUUUCUCCAAGAAUGCCACCUGCUCACUGUGCAGCAAGACCCUGCAGAGAAAGCAUGGCCUGCAGUGCAUGAAUUGUGCUGUGAACGUUCACAAGAGCUGCAAGUCUCUGCUGGGUGACUGCAGCAACAACAAGAAUAAGAGAGAUUCUCAACCAAGGACCGGCCCGUCGGGAUCUCCUAAUCUUGCGCUAAAGGACUGGGACAGAGAGCGGGAGCAUUCGGGCCCAGCCUCAUCACAGGCCCUGGAUGGCCACCCAGGUUUGCUCAGCACCCCAGGCAUGACCAUUAGUGCGUGGGGACCUAGCACUCAGCCGACUGCUGCUCAUAGCACCAGCUCCACCGCAGCUUCCAGCUUUGGCCAGAGCCUCCGUCACGACAACAGCUCAGGAUCCCUCCCCGGGGAAAUGGACGAGACAGAUGCUCUCCGCUCCAAACGCUGCAACGAAGACGCCAUUUCCCUUGCUCCCUCCACCACUGAGUCCAUCAUCGUUGAAGAUGCUCACUAUGCAGCAGUGCGGGCUGAUCUGGAGGCUGAUGCCCAGGACCUGGAGGCAGAGUCAUGGAGUUUGGCAGUCGACCAGCAGUAUGUUAAGAAGCACUCUAAAGAAACGGUGAAGAGACAGGAUGUGUUAUAUGAGCUGAUGCAGACGGAGAUGCACCAUGUGCGGACACUGAAGAUAAUGCUGCGUAUAUAUGUCCGGGAGUUGAAGGAGAACCUCCAGAUGGACUCGGGGAGGCUGGACUGUCUGUUUCCCCGCUUGGAAAACCUCCUCGAGCUUCACACACAUUUCCUCUCUCGUCUCAAAGAGCGGCAGCGAGAAAACCUCGUCUCACCCAGCGACAGGAACUAUACCAUCAACAGAGUGGCGGACAUUCUGAUCGCACAGUUCUCAGGUGAAAUAGGAGAGAGGAUGAAGGACAGCUACGGAGAUUUCUGCAGUCACCACACUGAGGCUGUCAGCUACUACAAAGAACAGCUGCAAAACAACAAAAAGUUCCACAACAUCAUACGGAAAAUCAACAACCUGUCCAUUGUGCGGAGGUUAGGAGUGCCCGAGUGUAUUCUCUUGGUGACGCAGCGCAUCACCAAGUACCCAGUGCUAGUGGAGCGCAUUUUGCAAAACACUGAAGCGGGUACAGAGGAGCACGAGGAUCUGACUCGGGCUCUGGGUCUAAUUAAAGACACCAUCGUUCAGGUUGACGCGCUGGUUAAUCUCCACGAGAAGAACUCUCGACUCCGAGACAUACACAACAAGAUGGAGCCAAAGGCGCUGGGAAAAAUCAAAGAUGGACGAGUGUUUCGCAGGGAGGACCUGGCACAGGGCAGAAGACGGCUGCUGCACGAGGGCACAGUCAACUGGAAGGCUGCUUCUGGCAGGCUCAAAGAUAUUCUCGCAGUGCUCCUGUCAGAUGUGUUGCUCUUGCUACAAGAAAAGGAUCAGAGAUAUGUAUUCGCUACAGUGGAUAACAAGCCGUCAGUGAUCUCCCUUCAGAAGCUGAUUGUCAGGGAAGUGGCCCAUGAGGAGAAAGCCAUGUUUCUUAUCUGUGCCUCCUCCAAUGAGCCCGAGAUGUACGAGAUCCACACCACCUCCAAGGAGGAGCGAAACACUUGGAUGGCACACAUACGGCAAGCGGUUGAGAGUUGUCCUCAUACAGAAGAGAGGCUCUUCAGCGAGGAGGAAGAUGCAAGGGCUUCAAGGUUCAAAGAAUUUCAAGAACGGCUGAGCAAGAAGGAUGCAGUGGUCGUCCAGGCUCUUACUGAGAAGCUGCAGCUGUUUGCGGAGAUGGCAGAGUCUGUGGCAGGUUUAGAGGACACAGCGUCACGUUCCAGACUUCUGCUUCGAGGAGAUGCCUCAGACCUCCAGCAGGGGGAGGCCCUGCUCAAAGGAGCGAUCACUGAGGUGGAGAAUCUGCAGAACCUGCUGCAGUCUGGGGUGAGGGAGGAAGCACCACCCUCGCGACUGGAGGAAGGGGGCGGCUCGGGGCUUCUGCCCAGGCGAGCGGACACCUUUGGGGGCUAUGACAGCAGCCCCACCAUCCUCAGUAAGAAUGGCAGUGUGAAGAAGAACUUUUCUGGCGAGUCCAGAAACAGAGACAGAAGCCAGAGAGCCAGUUCUGACCCUCAGCUCAAAGACCUCUGUGGCAGCCACACCCUGGAGCAGACGGUUGAUGAGAGCUGCUGCACUCCCGCCAGAUGGAACCGCAUCUGGUCCAACUCCUUCCCUGAGGCUGAGUUCUUUGACAGAGUGCUGAUGCUCUCCCAAAGGCUCUAUAGUCUGCAGGCCAUCAUAUCACAACAGGACAGUCACAUUGAGCUGCAGCGAGCCUCGUUGACAGAGCGGGCCUCCCUGCCCGGCCGCCACAGAGGGAAUGUGCUCCUGGAACAGGAGAAGCAGCGGACUCUGGCUCUGCAGAGAGAAGAGCUGGCGAGCUUCCACAAGCUGCAGUCUCAGCACCGGCAGGAGCAGCAGCGCUGGGAGAGGGAGAGGGAGAGGCACCGGCACCAAGUUGAAGCCACCGAGGCCCGGCUCCGACAAAGAGAGGAGGAAUGCAGACGGCUGGAGGAGCAACUGGCAGAGGAGCGCAGGGAGCUGGAGAGUCAGAGGGAGACGUACCAGCAGGACCUGGAGAGGCUGAGAGAGUCCACCAGAGCUGUGGAGAAAGAAAAGGAACGCCUGGAGCACCAGAAGAAGAUCAAGAGGAAGACUAUUGAGGUGGCUCCUAUGUCCGGCAGUCUGAACGGGGAGCUGCUCCUGUCCUCUGGCCUCAACACCUCCACCACUGUCGCUGACCUGCCGCUGCCUCAGAAGCCCCUGGUGCGCGCGAGCCUGUCUGUCGCACCGGCCGACUAUCCAGAGCGCCCUGAAGUGAUGCUGCGGCGGGACACAAGCUCUUCCACCUUGCCACUAAAGACGGAGGUGCCGCUUCACCUCUUCAGCACCACCAACCAGCAGCACAAACUGGUGGGGGUGCAGCAGCAGAUCCCCACCAAGCUGGCUGCCUUCAGCAGCGGCAAAGGGAAAGGAGGCAAGAUAGGCAAAGCCUCACAUCGCACAGACAGCACUGCCUCAGUGGAUAUGAAGCAGAUGCUGCCGCUGAAGCUGUCCGCCCGAGACGACAACGCCCUCAAGGCCAAGCGCUCCAUCAGCCCCCACCAGCAGCUCCCGCUGUCAGCCCCUCCUCAGCCUCAGUCCCUGCAUCAGCACGCAGAUCAACUCAGUCCCCCAGACAGUGCCGGGCCAGACACCCAGUCCACCUCCUCCAUCAGCAUCUCCCACCCUCCAAAUGUCCAGAAGCCCCCCAUGCCUCUUUCACAGUCUCAUCCUCAGCCCUCUGUGCAGCCUCCCGCCAUCCCUCCCCACUCUCAGAGCACCGGCUCCCUCCAGUUCCCGUCACAUCUGCAGCAGCAAGGCCACAGUGCCAACGCUCAGGCACAUGUCCAGGUAAAUGUUCACGGGCUCACUCACAGCCACAGCAUGCCGCCACCUUACAAGAUCGCCACAGAGGACCUCAAUAAGGAGGACGUCAUCUUCUUCUAAACUGCAGUCUGCUGCCCUCAGAUCAACCACUAAUCACAAAAACAGAAAAAAAGAAGAGAAUUAUGGGAUAGUUGCAAAUUAACGAUGUGUCAACCUCCAAGAAGCCACUUAAAUGCGAUAAUGUGAUGUUGAUGGUUGUUGAGUGUGGGCAGCUGUGGUGUUAUUUAGGGCUGGUCAGGUAAGACGGUUUAAGUAUCUUUACACAGCAGCAAUCCACAGCAGAGAGCAGAACCUUUGUCAGCACUUCUGUGGUCCACACAGAAAGAAAAAAUGAUCUUGAAGGAAAGAUGACAUUUCUAUUUUAACACUGCUAUGUUUUUAAGAUGCCACAGUUUCCUUUUAUUUAAGUUUUAGUUUAAGUUUUUAACUCAAGAGGACAACAAGUAUGAGGAGGAAAACAAAGACUUCUUCUAACGUGUUGGAAAAGGUUUAAAUGAAGUUUAACCAAUCCAAAGACAUUAGCUGCGGGAGCUGAUUUGACUGAAAAGGACAACAUGAAAGAAAAAUGGUCGGGUGAUUUUCAGACUCCGGUCAGGCUGGUCUGUGAUGUGGGGAAAAAAGCGAAAGGUGCAGCGAUGGCGCUCUGGCCUUAACCAUCUGCGUCUUCUGGACCUGGAUUCGCAAGAAAUGAUUCAACAGGAAGUCAGAAAUGAUCCAACUCUUAAUACAGGAAUACUUUCUGCUUGAUGUUUCAUUUGCACAAUGUAAAUACUCCAUUCCAGACUAAUGAAUGAGCUUUUAUGGACAACAUGUUUUUCGUUUGGUUUUACAUGUGUCAAAAUUUUUGAAGGUUCAUUUCAUUGUGUUGUUCUUGUUCUUCUUAACCACGCUGAUUUCAGAAGGCUGAACGGUGGAGUAUAUUUCGAGUGUUGCCACUGGUUGUGAAACCUGAAACAGGAGUUACUUUUUCAGACUGGUGUGUAAUAAUUCAUUUCAAAUAAGGGAGAGUCCAAUUUGCAGCAAAUUCAUUUUUUUCCCCAACUCAUGCAGAGUGAACACACUCAGGAAAGCCUUUAUUAUGUCUGCACAGUUUGAAAUUGUGUCUCAAAGGCCUUUGCACACUGAGUCUGUUUUUUUUUGUUCGAAAUUAUCACACGUCUAAAAAUCCAUCAGAGACAUUUGACCAGGAAUCAGUGAAGAAAAUGUAGCAGCGGGACACAGCCAUGACAAGACAGAGGAACAGGGUGCACAGAAUCAUUUCAUAACUCAGACAGCUCACUUUCAACAGGUCAGAUAGAAACAUUCAGGUGGAUUAUGAUGAAGAGGAGGUGGAUGUAGACCACACAUAAGAUGUGGAGGACAGCUUGGCUCUGUCAUGCAGCUGUGGUGCCACAUGAAAGACGGAGGGAGUGGUGACAGCCAGAUUGGUAACUCCAGUUUAGAGAGGCAGAAAGGAAAGGAGGAAAUGUGUCUCUUGAUUUUGUCACGUAUUAGGAAUUUUCACAACAAAUACAACAAUAAAACGCAUCAGAAUCUGUUUGCAAGGUUUCUUUGCAUAACGAUUUUUUCAGAUGACGGAUUUAAAAAUGCAUGGGAAAGAAAUGGACUCAGUGUGCAAAGGCCUUUACUUGCAUUAUUCUCAAAAACACACAGGUUUUACCGUGCAAUCAUUAUUCUUGCAUUAAUAAUAUUCCUAAAAAACAUUUCACAAGUACAUUUUGUUGCAUAAUUUAAUACAGAAAUGUACAGCAGAUAAAUAUGUACAUUUAAGCAUGUACUUAAAUUAAAUUAGCCUUCAGACUUUAAGAGUUUAAAGGUGUAUUUGAUUGUAGAACACAAUUGCGCAUACACUGGCUCCGUAUGCAUUUCUUUUAUUUUGAUAUUGUUUCGACCUUUGGGCCAUCUUCAGGAUCAACAAACAUAUGUGAUAUGUAUGUCGUAUAUUUCCGAAACUUUUAGCAGAGCUGCUCUUGACCCUGUAGGAAAUGAGCUCAUCUUUGCAGCACACUGCACCGUGUAGACAUCAAAAAAGCCUCGCUGAGUUUGUUCCACUUCAUGUAAAGUAUCCCUUUAAGAGACACAUCUUUGAGAAACACAUCUGUUGCCAUUUAAGUGGAACCGUAGUGCACUGUGUAAUUCACGACAUUUCAUGCUGCAUGUUGUUUUAAGGGCAAAAUUAACUUUUAUUUUGAAAAAAAGAGAGAAGAUUUGGGGUUAUAAACUUUCAAGACGACAAAAAUAAUCACAAGUUUCAUACAGAGUUUAAAUGCACUGGAAAUAUUUAACCCAUCAUCAUAAUAACAGAAAUAUGACUUUCUGAUUUUGCACUAGUUGAUCCAGUAAAAUGAAGGCCUCUUUGUGUUAUCUCCAGAUGACUCAGAUAUUGACAGUAAGGCCCCACUGUGCAUACUGGAGUUAAAACUGGUGUCAACACUGUUUUAUAUCUCUCAGUCUCUGUUAUUCUGGAUUGGCUUCACUGAUGUGAUGCAUCAUAUUAUAAACUACACAUCCUCCCUCUUUAACCACACAUAUAUAUUAAGUACAGUAUUCUGGAGAAAUGUGGUCGGAACAUUGAAGCAGUUUAAAGGUUAUGGAUCGUGGCCUAAUUUUUCACUCAAGUCAGGAAAUGAAAAGUUCAGCGAGUCACGUUUUUGAAAGCUGUGUCUCUGCUGACUUGGCAGGAUGGGUUCAUUUCAGCAGAGCCGGUAUAUCUUUGAUAUAUAUAUAUAUAUAUAUAUAUAUAUAUAUAUAUAUAUAUAUAUGAAGAUGACCGUUUUAACUGAGACCCUGAGGUCUCAUCGACGCUGUGUUUUAUUGAUUGCUGAUAACAUUUCAUUAGCUGCGUCUUAAAUCUCUGCUUGACUGAAAAGCGGUACUGUGACGAGUGCAGUGGUCCUGCAACAAUAAUGACUAUCAGCUUUUGUCUGAAAUUUCAAUCUUGAUCUGUCUUCACAGAAGAAAUACGGAGAUGUCCAUGUGAUUUCCUGUCUCUGUACAUACGUGAUAACCCUUUAAAUCAUGAAAGAGUUGACACAUUGAUGUGUUUGUGUCUCUGGAGGGAAAAAUGUCGACGAUUUUUGUCUUUGUCCAAGUAAGCUUGUCUCUGAAGCUGUGAUCACUAGCUGGAGUGUUUUUGUAUAUUAUGUAUAUUGUUGUACAUACUGUGUGUGAUAUCCGCUGCACCGGCUGCCCUCUUACACACUCUUGUAUUAGGAACAGAGAUAUUUGACAUGCAUCAUGAUGCAAAAGUCAGCCAAAAGUCUGUUUGUGCAUAUGUGUAUAUACAGUUAAAGUACACACAUGAGUGUGUAUGUACUAUACGGUACACCUUGCUUGGGGUAGACUGGUGGCAGUUUAAUGAAACCACAAUCAGUUGUUGCUGUUGUUUUUGAAUGAACUUAAAAUGAAGGUGUGCAUAUUUAAUCUCCUGACGUGUGUCGAUGUUGUAGCAUUGAAGCCGAGGUGCACUGUCUGUCGUCUUUCUCCCGCGAUCCAUGAGUGAUGUUUCACCAAGAUUAUGUAGCAGUCGUGAAAACUAAAUCAUCUGCUUGUUUCAGUUGGUUAAACCAAAGACACGCUGUGCUGACUGGGUUCCUGUCUGUGUGCUCUUGUAUGAAGGAGAAGUGACACUGUGCUGGUUGUGUGGUCGUCCACAGAGUCUUAUUACUUGUGAAAACAUCCUCCAGGGAGUGUCCAUCACGAGUGUGUUUACAGCACAUUGUAGUCCAGCUAAUAUCCUGUCUCGGGUCUAAUUUUUGGAUUUGAUGUGUGUUUGUCUUGUUUUAAAUCCUCAUGUCCAGAUCUGAAAUAUCUCUCUAUACACAGAGAUUCACUUUGAAACCAGAAUACACAAACAAUAAAUCAAAUGGGGCGUCGACGUUCCCUGUUUUCCGGUUUAUAGAGGCACAACCCAGCUCAGGAUAUGAGCUCAUCUGAAACUGUCUUAGAAGAUAUUUAUGUACACCAUCUCUUAACAAAACAACUAUGUAAUAUCAAUGUGCAUGUGAACACACUUGGUGGUUUUCAGUGGGUUGAGCCCUUCAAAUAUUCCUCUAGACUUUGACAAAACAAUCUCAACUCAGCAUCCACUUACAAGCUUUUUUACCUUGAGCUUUCAACCCUAUCACAUGGUCUUCAUCAGCAUAGUUAAAGGGAUACUGUUGUGAUUUUCAGCCAGCUCUGUAUCAUAACACUGUGGGUAAUAUGUGUAAAUGAACUGUGGUAAACUUACCGGUGCCCAGAUCUCCCUGCUCAUCUCUCAGCUCACAUGGAUUUUUGCUGGCUCUAGUGCUGUUGCUCGAACUACAGAUUGUACUUGUGUAUUUUUGUAUGCCCGCCACCAUGGACACAAAGAGUAUAGAAGCAGAUCGAAAGAGAGACCCGCCUCUUUUUUGCUCAGAUCAAACGGCAAAACUAGACAGUGCUGACCACUGUUUAGCUGUAAUACUAGCGUGAACAGGAAGUGGACACCAUACUAUUUCCUGUAUUGUAAAAACAGGCUGAAAAAAAUGAGAUCAAACGGUAAUACUGAGCAGUGCUGUUAAAGUAUGGACCAAAAUUCUGUUACUGUACAGCAUAUUUCUUGCCUAAAAUGUUUUCAGAGACAUAUCUUAGCUCACUGUUUGACUGCAAUACGAUCGCCAGAUUGUUUGUUGCCAGUCGACCACCAUUUGUUUCCUGUGGAAAAACAUCCACACUCUAAAAAAGAAUCCACUGGUGCAACUUUUAAAGAUUAAAAUAACAACUUGCAUGCAUCAUUUUAAGUAGUUCCAAUUCUGGCAUUUUUGAGUCAGUCCUAUGAGUCUUUUAUAAUUGAACAAACUCCAACGGUUUGAUUAAGUUGAACCAACCUAAUAUUUAUCCAACAGUUGUGGCGAUGUUAAGUGGUCAAAUUAUUUAAGAUAUUCUAACUUAUUUAUUUUAAUUCCAUCCUACUCAAAAAAUGCCAAAAAAAAUAUUAUUUGGUGCUGAAAAACUUAUUAUUUUAAGUGUUAUCCACCAACCCAAUGAAUCUUUUUUUAGAGUGCAAGCUCGCAUUAUAUCACCCGCCAGCGAGAGCAUUUAUCGGUUCAGUACAGUGCAGUGCAUUCUGGUAGUUGUAGGUUUUCUACCUCUUGAACGCGAAUGCCACAGCCCUUGUCCUCUGUUUUCAUUGGUCACAUAGCACUGCUUUUUAAAAAGUAUUUGCGUCUUUUUGCAGCACAGACAGCCUAGUUUUAUUAAAAGAUCAUUUUUCCAGCAGUGAAGUACAUCUUUAAAGGCCCUCACAAGCUACAAUUCCUAAAAAUGCUGUUGUUGAAAUCAUGACAGCUGCUGAUCUCGACUGUUGUGACAAGUGAGCAAACUUCAUCUGCUAAUGAAGACCAUGUGAUGCUGUUGAAAGCUGCGGAAAAAGUCGUUAAGUGGAGCUCGAGUUGGGAUUGUUUGUCAAACUACAAUUUCCAAAGUAAAGAACGACAUGUUACGCUUAACUUUUUGAGACAUUCCCACGUCUGUCCAUGUUCCUGUAUUUCCAAGUGUCUACUCCAGGUACGAGACGAGGGUGGACGCUGCCUUGUUGGUGCCACUGUUUGAAUCAACUGAAGUCUUAACUAUUGCUGUACUGAAAUGCUGAACCUCUUUGCUCUGUUUUAAAACUUGGAAGCCAGUCAGUCACAUCACUGUGUGUGUGUCUGUGUACGUGUGUCUGUGUGUGUAUGCUCGCCACCAAAAACACAGCUGAAACAUUUCUAACCAACUUGUUUCCAGUCGUGUUUUUUUUUUUUUCUUUU